AUGGGCUUCUCUUUCUAUUCAAAGGAGCCGGCUACAAGCCAGGCCGUCAGUCAGGGCGAAACUUCAGAGUCAGAGUCGGUCAUUCGCGAUGGUGAUCUCGCCUUUGUUCGACAAGUAGCUGGUAAUGGUACUACAGGUUACCAAGAGGCGGUCGGUGCACCCGUUGAGGCCCGUUCGCCUUUGGGAUACCACGUCAACUGGCUUACCAUCAUCUUCCUCAACCUGAACCAUAUGGUUGGCACAGGUAUCUUUUCGACGCCUGCUACAAUCCUGCGGCUUACAGGUUCUGUUGGUCUCGCUCUCGUCUACUGGGUCAUUGGAUUUAUACUCGCCAUCGCUGGUCUUGCUGUCCAUAUGGAAUUCACCAGCUACUUUCCCAAUCGCAGUGGUUCAGAGGUCGUCUGGCUUGAGCAAGGCUUUCCUCGCCCCAAACACUUCUUUCCCGUCGCUUUUGCUGUCCAGUCUGUGCUGUUAUCCUUCAGCAGUAGCAAUGCCAUCGUUUUGUCCAACUAUCUCUGGCGCAUCGUCGGGCGCGCCCCGGAUCCUUGGGAGCUCAAGGGUGUUGCUAUUGCCGCCUACACCCUGGCCGUUAUCACUGUCAUCGCUCAUAACAGAUACUCGCUGUGGGCCAUCAAUGUCUUUGGCGCUCUGAAGCUACUUUUGCUUGUCUUCAUCGCCAUCUCUGGCCUUGUCAUCCUCGGCGGAAAUAUUAGCAGCAUUCCUGACCCCAACCUCAACUUUCGCCACGGUUUCGAAGGAACUACUGACAGUGGUUACAACCUAUCCCAAGCAAUGGUCAAUAUCAGUUUUGCUUUUUCAGGCUGGCAGAAUGCUUUCAGCAUGGCAAACGAGAUCAAGAACCCUAUACCCACCCUGAAGAAAAAUGCAAGUGCUUCUCUUCUUAUUGUGUUUGUCUUAUACUUUAUGUGCAACAUCGCCUAUUUUGCUGCCGUUCCCAAGGACACCUUUCUUGAGUCGAGUGAACUGGCUGCAGCUGUCUUCUUCCGAACUGCCUUUGGCAAGACUGCCGAGUCGGCUCUUAACUUCUGUGUUCUCCUCAGUUCCUUCGGAAACUUGCUUGCUGUUCUUGUCAGUCAGUCUCGUCAGAUUCGAGAGAUCGCUCGUCAAGGUGUGCUCCCUUGGACCGAAUUCUGGGUCUCGACCAAACCUUUCGGUACUCCCGUCGGUCCGUAUCUCUUGAAAUGGGCCUUUACCUUUCUCAUGAUUGUCGCUCCUCCUGCAGGAGACGCCUUCCAGUUUGUGGUCUCUCUCAAGACAUACCCUGACGCCAUAUUCUACGCUGCCAUGGGUGUUGGUCUUUUACUCAUCCGUCGCCGCCGUGCUCGAUCUGGUACUCCGCCAUCCGACUUCCGAGCAUGGUACGCUCUUGUCAUUCUAUAUCUUCUGUCUCAGGCCUACCUUCUCAUCAUGCCUUGGAUUCCUCCGGUCGGUGGUAUCUACGGUGGAACAGUCAGCUUUCUAUGGUGUACUUAUAUGAUCGUUGGUAUCGGCAUUAUGAUCGUCUGCGGUCUUUACUACUACGUGUGGAUGAAGCUUCUCCCACGCUGGGGAGGUUACAAGAUUCGAUCUCAAGUCAUCUCGGUUGAUGAUAAUGGUGCAAACACGCAUCGCCUGCUGAAAGUACCCAAUGAUGAGGUGGCUGAAUGGGAUGCUACUCACGAUGAUCUUGGUCGUGAUUUACCAGAGGGACAACGAGUCACCAGAGAGAUCAGCAACACAUCAAAGUAG